AUGAAGAGGCAAAGGGAAAACACCCAGAGAGGAACCAAGAUGGCACCACCCACAAAGCCGACAAAGAAGGGUUCAAGAAUGGCGGUGGCGAUGCCGAAAGAGGCGCUUGUGAAGGUAGUGGAAGACCAGAAGGAGCUGGAAGCCAAGGAAAGUGAUAUGAUGAUGUCCGAGGAGAUGAUGGAAUGGGAUGAAUGGGGAAGUUUGUGGAGUGAAGUAGAUGAGCAAAUGUCAUGGGCUACAUGUUGGUGUCCGUUUUGGGAUAUGGAGUUAAUUGGAGAUGCUUAUAAUGAAUUGUAUAGCGAUGUUUUAUGGGAUGAUGAUAUUUGGGACUUGAAGGGAAAUGAUUCUACGGUGAAUGAUGUUACUCAUCGUUAG